AUGGGUGCCUACACAUACGUUUCGGAGCUAUGGAAGAAAAAGCAAUCUGAUGUGAUGCGGUUCCUGCAGAGGGUACGCUGUUGGGAGUAUCGUCAGCUUCCUGCGGUUGUGCGGGUCACACACCCGACCCGCCCCGACAAGGCCCGCCGCCUUGGUUACAAGGCCAAGCAGGGCUUUGUGGUGUACCGUGUGCGUGUUAGACGUGGUGGGAGGAAGAGACCUGUGCCCAAGGGUAUUGUUUAUGGGAAGCCCACUAACCAGGGUGUUACUCAGCUCAAAUUCCAGCGCAGCAAGCGCUCGGUUGCUGAGGAACGUGCCGGCCGUAAACUUGGUGGCCUCAGGGUUCUCAACUCUUACUGGAUUAAUGAGGAUUCUACUUACAAGUACUUUGAGGUAAUUCUGGUUGACCCGGCUCACACUACGAUCCGCAAUGAUCCUAGGAUCAACUGGAUUGUGAACCCAGUCCACAAACACAGGGAGCUUCGUGGGCUGACCUCGGCUGGAAAGAAAUACAGAGGUCUCAGGGGAAGAGGGCAUUUGCACCACAAAGCCCGACCUUCGAGAAGGGCCACCUGGAAGAGGAACCAGACCCUUUCUCUCCGUCGUUACCGUGUGCGUGAGGCGAACAGAGCAUUCAAGCUCGACGAGAAAAUCUCAAAAGACGAAAGCAGCAAGGCGUUGCGGCGCGAUGGUCGGGACGAUUUCGAGAAGUAUAUAUAUGAGUGGGAGUUGGCAGAUUGUGGAUAUGCAUGGCAGUGCAGGCAUGGAUGA